AUGGGCAGUUUCCUGGGCAAGACCGACCCCUCGCCGCCGUCCUCCGCCCAGGUGCGCACUGACUUGCCCACCGGGCGGACAAACCGCCGAGCGUCUCCGCCUCUCUACCAGAUGCAUCGGGUUCAGCACGUCCACUGCGUCCACUCCAGGCCUCAGCACAGGCCUGCCAGGCGGCUGCCACGCUGGGACCCGGCCCACCCUCCGGCACGCAGAGUCAACGAGGCCUGGAGGCGCUUCCCCAUGAGGCGGACCCAGAACUCCAUCAUGCGGCCUCUGCCCUCCGACUGGUGGGAAAGCUAUUGCAAGCGGACUAUCUGGUCACUUCGGCACCCCAGGCCGGUAUGCAGCCCGGUGACCGUCAAGAUCUCGCCUCCCGAGCGGAGGGCCGCCGCGUCCCUUUCGCCGGCAAACGUCAUCAACUCUGCAGGGCCCCUGGCUUCGGAGCAGCUCCCGGACCCCUGUGCAAAGGAGACGGUCCUGCGGGCCCUCAGGGAGUGCGGGAAGGGAAAGAAGAGGGAGCAGCCGCCGUUCCCUGAGGCCCUGCGCCGCAGGAGCGCUCCGGGGGCCAGGCCCUCGGCGUUUAAGCCCCUGGUGAAAACCGGAGCUCCCCCUCGCUUUGUGCCCAGGCGGGGGCCUCUUAAGAGAAGCCGGAACUCCUGGGGCUCUGAUCCCGACCUGAACAGGAGGCCCAGUUGGUCUUCUUGGAGCUCUGGGACCAGCACACACACAGGCCCUCCCAGCUCGAAAAGAAACCCCAUCAGCAGCAGCUACAGCUCUUCUAGAUACUUCUCCGAGCCAUGGAGGAGAAGCAUCCUCAGGGCAUCGCUUCAGAGCCCGGAGUGGCCAAUCAAAAAGCAGGAGAGUGGUGGACAGCCUCACUCUCCAGUCCCCCCGGACACGGGCAGUGAGUCAUCUGAAGCCUGUGUUCCCUCUGGGUCGCCCCUGCUCCUCCCCACGCCUGCAGACUGGCUCCCAGUGUCCCCAGCUCCCUGGAGUGGUGACGGCGUUACAGAGGAGGACCUGGCCUUGGGAAGGAAGGCUGGGCUGCCGGGGAGCAACAGGACCAGAAAGGACACAACUGAGGCCCCUGCAGACAAGGUCCCUGGGGGGAGGCCUGCUGUCCCCCAGCCUUCUUCAGUGGUAGCUGCAGCCCAGGGCCCAAAUCUCCUGCUAGAAAGCGUACAGGCAAUGCGGAAGUCCCCGAGACCACGGGGCUCCCCACGGGCCACUGGAGAGGCCAUCAGUGCUGCCCCUUCCCCUCCCGCCCCUGCGGGAUGCUCGCAGCCGCAGCCCCUCCCAGGCCCCUGCUCACAGUCCAGGUCCAGAGCUGCUUUCAUCUCACCAGCCCCCACUGGCACCACGUCCCCAGUCACCGGCACCGUCCCUCAGGCCGACAGGGCUGAUGUCAGCCCAGUAGCACUGCCCACCCAAAGUGCGCAGUCUGCACUGAAGGGCAGCCCAACCCCCCACCCUCCUGAACCUGCACCGUCUGCUCACACGGUGCUAAAACCCAGGCUGGAGCCCCAAAUCGAUAUGGGCAAAGGAGACUCCAUCUACCCCAGCACCUCAGCUCCUGCAGAGGUCUUUCCAAGCCCUUUCCUCUGCACGGCUCCAGGCACCACAACGCCCACCUUCAAGCCCAUCUUCCGGGGUGCCGUAGCACCACUUACAACCCUGCCGGUGCCGGCUCUCCUCCCCACUAAGCAGCCCUCAGCUCCGUUCCCCCCAGCUUCCACCCACCUCUUCCACAGCCUGGUCAAAGCCACGUCUGUGGUCAUGUCCACCAGCCUCACCAGCACAACCGCAGACUCCACCUUGAAGCCCGCUUUGAGCUUGGGGGUCGUGAGUAUGGCCAGUGCCGUGGGCAACACUUGUUCUGUGCCUUCCACUUGGCACACUUUCCUCCUGGGGGCCACCCAGGCUUUGAGAGCCGGUUUCUUGCCAGGCACAGGCUUGUUCCUCCCACCGCCCCAGCGUCCUACCAUCCCCCCUGUCCACACGGUCACCAUCUUCAGCCAAGUUCUUCCCAGUGCUGUCCAGAUAGCUUCCAGCGGCAGCAGCAGCAAUGCUAUUUUUUCUGUCUCUGGCAGCCCCCCGUCUGCCUCAGCCCUGGUGCCCACACUAUCUCCCAGCAGCUCCAGCCUGACCCCCGUGUCCAUGAGUCCUAUGGGGUCAAGCCCAAGGCCACCUUUCCCACCAUCUCCAGGAGCCACUCACUUGCCCGCCACAAAUGGGCAGAAGAAGCAAGGCCACUCCCAGCCAGUUGUUCCCACAAGCUUCAGCAGCUCUUCCCUUUCUGGGAACUCACAAGUGACUUCCCCAACCCCAGUGCCAGCUCCCGCUUGGCCAAAUCUGGGUGACACCACACAGCCAGGCUUUGGGGAUCAGACGUCCUCAGCUUCUACCUUCUACCCCGCUGCCAGCUUCAAGCCAGACCUUAGCAGCGGCUUUCCCUUCAGUCAAACCAGCACCCCUAGCUUUGGAGCUGUGACCCAGAAACGCUGGAGUGGGGCUUGUGGCCCAGUGUUUGGCAGCAAAGCCCCACGGCCCUUUGCCUUUGGGGGAGUGGUGACCCCUAUGGACUGUGGGGAGCCUGAGGGGCUCAGCCCCACUGUCCCGGACGCGAGCUCCACACAUGGAGCUUUUGGCACUGGAGCAGUGCCACCCCGGGCUGCUGGCCCUGGGACCCCUUUUGGGGAAAGCUGGAGGCAGAACGCUCAGGGCCUGUCUGGCCAGAGUACCCCUUUUGCCUUGGGGAGGAGCAGCCUUUCUGCCAGAAGCACUACAUUUGGGAUGGCCUCGAUGAGCCCCUUUGCUCAGAGCACGUCUAUCUUCGGGCAAGCAAAGGCGGGCAGCGGUUUUGGUUUCGGGCUGCUCUCCCCCACUGCCCAAGACACUGUGGGGCGAGGACCUUUCAGGUCAGCACUGCCUUCAUUUUCCAUUGGUGUGAAGCCCAAAACCCCAAAGAAGUGGGAGCAAGGGCACUCCCGGAGGCAUCGUGCCCACAGGAAAUAG